GAAGAGGCAGCGAAAAUGGGAGACGAGGAGGUUGCAGACGGAAUGUGUUGCUGACUUAAAUCGUGUUGAAAUCUAGUCGAUAAAAAGUGAAUCGGCAAUAAAUGGCUACAGUGAGAUAAUAAGUGAUGGGUGACUCAGUAGUAAGGCAGUUUCUGGCAACAUUUUCAAAAUGGAUAGUCCUGUCUGCUAUCCUGCAAGUCUCUCAUUUGAUUUCCACUUGAAGUGACGAGACCACUACCGCAUCACUCCUAUAAGGAUGAACCAGCUGUGUAAGGUGUGUGGAGAACCUGCCGCCGGGUUCCAUUUCGGUGCCUUCACCUGCGAGGGUUGUAAGUCGUUCUUCGGGCGAACGUACAACAACCUGUCGCAGGUACACGAGUGCAAGAACGGCGAGUGUGUGAUCAACAAGCAGAACAGGACAUCAUGCAAGGCCUGCAGACUGCGCAAGUGUCUGAUGGUGGGCAUGUCUAAGAGUGGGUCAAGGUACGGCAGACGGUCGAACUGGUUCAAGAUCCAUUGUUUGCUACAAGAGCAGGCGUCCCAGCUCAAAGGUCUUGAAGGAGGAGGGGGCGUCGGGGGCGGGGGCGGGGCCUUCUCCGCCCAGAUGGGCGGCUCCUUGUCCUUGUCGCCCGCCUCCAUGCCCGCCCUCUCUCCGGCUAAGUCUGAAGAUGAGACGAAAGUGGAGUCUCCGGUUUUGUCGUCUCCGGAAAGUUGCUUGUCGGAGACCAGCGUGGAUGUAGAGCCGCGUUCUUCGCCAAAGGAGAGUGUCGCAGAUGGUGGGCGUAGAGAGGUUAUGGGAGCUGCUGGCCUCUCCCUCUAUGGCCUUCACCCUGGCCUCUCACUCCUCCAUGCUUCACAUCUGUACUCGCGGCUGUAUCCUCCGAUGCUGUACCCAGGUCUGGGGACCUCCCUCCUGGUUCCUCCCGUUUCUCGCACCCUCCAGCCUCCAAGUCCCCCUAAGGAGCUAUGCAACAGUUCCUUCAGUCCCAGGGCUACGAGCUCCCCUGGUAGGAGCCCUCACGAAUACCAGCCUCAUCUUCCUCCUCCCUUAGCUUUGCCUCUUAGCUUCCCCUACGCUAGGAAGCGUGUGGCUGGUGCUACCCUCGAGGAGAUGAGAACGUCGAACUUGAAACCGCAAGCGUGGGUAGCUACCCCAGCUCCCGAACAGGAUGCCCCCAUUGACCUUAGCGUCAAGCGGCAGCGCCUCCUGCCGCCUCCGUCGCCUGCCACGCCCGUCUCCCCACCCGUAUCGCCCGCCCACACACCCACACCCACGCCACCGGUAGAUCUAACUACUAAAGCGUGAUGAGGUCCGUUCAUUACCACCAUUAUGGUACAAACAGAUAAGCCUUCACUCCUAGCCUACCCACACCUGUCGUAGCUACCCAACUACCGUAGCCUGCGACCUACCGAAGCAAGCAACCUACAGUAGGCAGUGAACUACUGUAGCCAGCGAACUACCGUGGGCGAACGACCUUUCCCACUCGAAGACGAUGGAGAAGUUAUGAAGGCGGAGCACUUACUUGAGUCUUCGUCAGGAACACAGAUACUCCAGAGGGCAAGUCACUACCCUCACAGGAAUCGUCUAAGUGAUUAAAGUUCAAAUAUAUGGCCAGGGAAGGUUUUAACCUGAGUUUAUAAGUCAGGUACCUAGUCCUACUCUGAAAUAGGUGAAGAAACAGGUGAAUUCUGGUCUGUUGGAAACUCAAACUUACUGAAAAAGAAAAUUCCCUAUUUUAUCCAUAAAAUAAGUUUGAUAGAUACUUUACCUUAUGCACUUAUGGUGAUACGUAUUACCAUAUGUUCCUAUAAUGGUACAUACAGUGCUGUAUGUACUAGUGUGCAAUACAAGAAAUUUUAUAAACAUUUAUAUAAGGUUUUAAGUUUACAUUUUAUCUCAAAAACCAGAAUUCGCCUCAACACAUUAGAAAAACCUGUAAAAUAAACAAGACAAAACAAGAGAGUUAUA